CCAGGGUUCUAGUGUACAGUCUGUACCGAUCGAAAUUGGAACCGGAAACUAGCAAGUAGAUGAGUAGUAGCAGCGCAACCCAUCAAAAUCCUCUAAAAAAGAAAACGAAAAGCUCUCAAUUCUCUUUAGGGUUCUCUUUUUCUCCUCUUCAAAAUCUAUCUCCCAUUAUCAUUCUCUCUGCCUUUUACAUUUCCCAAUUCAACUCACUCAAAACCACUCCUAUCCCAUCUCCCCUCAGUUUCAAACUUUUCUCGUAAUUAACCGAAUCUAGGGAGCCAUGAAGCCUAAUAGUACGCUAUUGCUUGUUCUAUCUUUUCAUUCCUUUGGAGUUUUUUGUGGGUUUUCUUUUGUAGUCGAUAACCUGCCUUCAAAAUUUUAGCUUUGGUUUUUUUACCAAGUGGAAGUGUGAAUUUCUGAUUGAUUGAUUCUUGGGAUUGUGUUUUAUUUGACGGAUUGGUGAGAUCUAACGUGGGAAGCUAAUCGGGUAAUAGAAAUUUUAUAAUGCCAAGGCAAAGUCGGGCCGCCAUGGAAGAAUUGCUUCCUGGAAAAAUAAGGAAACGUGGGUGUUCCUCCUCAGCGUCUUCAUCGUCUUCGAUUAUUCAGAACUACAGAUUUAAGAGAGCGAUUUUGGUGGGGAAAAGGGGCGGAUCCAGUACUCCUGUGCCCGCGUGGAAGCUGAUGGGUACGGCGAGGACCCCAUCGUCCGUAUUGCGGGCCAUGGACUCUCCUAAGUACGCUGUCUCGCAAAACGGCGGUUUUGUCAAGGGGAAGCUGCAGCAGCAGCAGGCGGCGCCAGUUUCGGCCAGGAAGUUGGCGGCGACGCUGUGGGAGAUGAAUGAGAUGCCGUCGCCUAAAAUGAAGGAGGUGGUGGGGUCGGAAGAGAGGAGGUUAAGGAAGGAGGCGAAAGCCAGAGCGAGGGCGACCAGGUCUGUGCGUUCAGGUUCUUUGCCUCCCCAUUUGUCUGAUCCAUCUCAUAGUCCUCUCUCCGAGAGGGUGGAUCGAUCAGGAACUGGCAGUCGCCAUAGAAGAGCAUCAUCAGUUUCUCAAAGGCUUAGGCUUGCAGACCAUUGUGUUGGAGCAUUUGAUUCUAUUAGCAAUGCCAAUUUAAUGGAGAUUGAGACUAGAUCUCGAGCCCAAACCCCUACUGGAUCUACUGUUGGAGCUAAGACUCGUUUGAAGGAUGUCAGUAAUGCUUUGACCACAUCUAAAGAACUGUUAAAAAUUAUCAAUCGUGUAUGGGGUAGUGAAGAUCGGCCUUCAUCAAGCAUGUCUCUUAUCUCAGCCCUACAUGCUGAGCUUGAGAGGGCUCGCUUGCAGGUUAAUCUUCUUAUUCAAGAACAGCGCUCAGACCAGAAUGAUAUAAGCUAUUUAAUGAAGUGCUUUGCUGAAGAAAAGGCAGCAUGGAAAAACAAGGAGCAGAAAGUGGUUGAAGCUGCUAUUGAGUCCCUUGCUGGAGAACUUGAAGUAGAGAAAAAACUGAGGAGACGGCUUGAAAGCUUGAACAAGAAGCUUGGGAAAGAACUAGCUGAGACGAAGUCUUCUCUGUUGAAGCUAGUGAAAGAGCUUGAGAAUGAGAAGAGAGCAAGAGUUAUAAUGGAGCAAGUAUGUGAUGAAUUAGCCAGGGAUAUAGGUGAAGAUAAAGCAGAAGUUGAAGAACUGAAGAGAGAAUCGGCAAAACUUUGUGCAGAGGUUGAGAAGGAAAGGGAGAUGAUGCAGUUGGCUGAUGUGUUGCGUGAGGAGAGAGUCCAGAUGAAACUUUCAGAAGCUAAAUAUCAACUUGAAGAGAAGAAUGCAGCUGUAGACCAACUGAGGAGUCAACUUGAAGCCUUCUUAGGAUCCAAAAGAACCAAAGAAAAAAGUCGUGGUGCUUAUCAUGUGAAUGAUGAAGAGAUUGCAGCUUAUUUGAAUAAAGCCCAGUUAGUUUCCCAUCAGAAUGAAGUAAAUGAGGAUGAUGGAGAAGUAGAUGAUGGGAUAGAAUGUGGAGAAGACUCGGCUGAAAGUGAUCUUCAUUCCAUAGAAUUGAAUAUGGACAACAAUAACAAAAGCUACAAAUGGACGCAUCCUUCUGGAGCUCCUUGUGAUUUGAGAAAAGCGGCAAUUGAUGAAGAAGAAAUCAAAGGGAGGAAGUCUACCUCCAGCAAAGUACAUAGGAGAAGUACUUCUCUGCAAAGAAGCAUAUCAGAUGGAGUUGAAUGGGGCACCCAUAAUGAGAGGCUCUCAAUUGCAGGGGAUGGGAUAGACUUGGAGGGAUUAUCUGAACUUGAGAGGCAUCUGCAAGGAAAAAGUUAUGCAGAAGAAAUGCCUGGAUAUCAAACAGUGAAGGGCCUAAGGGACUAUAUGUUGUCUGGCUCAAGGAUAGAUUCUGCUAGAGGUUAUGCUAGUCCUACACGGCAAGUAGGGCAGCGGACUUUGCGAAAUCCUAUUAAUGCUGCUCAAGAGAGACCUCCUAUAGCUCCAGGGAAUGCUUCAAAAUCAAGGCUAGGUGACGAUCUCAAUGGAAGAAAAUCCAAAUGGUGAGAAAGCAGCGUGUAGUUUUGAGGCAUUACUAGUUAGAGGCCUAAUGCAAGAAGAAUUAGGCAGUGAGAGAUAAUGUUUAUUUUAAUGCUCUGCUUGCAAUUUUUGAGGUACUCAUGCUGCAGUAAUCGCUUCAAGAUUGUUUGUGUUUAUAGAGUAAUUACAAAAGAGGAAAAAAGUUGUUAUCAUUCAGCCAAAGUAUGUCCUGUACAAAAACUUCUGGCACAAUCGAGGUUAAUAUGCUAGAAGCGUUUAAUAUAUGCUGUGAUAUGCGGUCUUCCUCUUC